CUGAGAAGCUCCCACCGUAUAUGGUGCCAAGAGUGUAUAUGCAGAUGGACAAGAUACCCAAGACAGCCUUGGGCAAGACCGGCCGCCGAGCAGUUCGCGGGUUCAUGGCUGAGGAAGGCUUCCAAAUUAUGGGGAAUGACUAUGCCGAAACAUCAGAACCCGGAAGGGUGCAUGGCGAGAGGUAAUCUCUUGUCCGUAGAAUGUGGGCGGGCGUGUUGGGCAUGGAAGAAGCCAGGAUCGACCGACAAGACAACCUUUUCGACUUGGGCGCUGAUUCCAUCAGUGCUAUGAAGCUCGUCGCCGCUGCGAGGUCGGAGGACCUUCACAUUCGGGUUCUUGACGUCUUCCAAAACCCAGUAUUGUGGAAAUUGGCGGCGGCCACCAGCCUUGCCAAUGGAUCAGCACCUCAACGGGCGUCACAGCAAGUCUACCGCCCUUUUCAGCUACUCGGCAGCGUUCCAGAUAUUGGCGUAUUUCUUGAAGAGGUCGUGUGUCCAGUCACAAGAACGCCCAAGGACUCGAUAGUGGACGCCUUCCUAGCGACUGAUGCCGUUGCGUUCAAUGUCGUUGGCGCACUGACGUCUUCACAGACCGAAGUCAAUACGCUCUUUCUCGAUACAGAUGCUGUCCUGGAUCUGGAUCGAUUGCGGCAGAGCUAUAUAAUGCUGGCAAAGCAUGUGGAGGCGUUUCGAACCGUAUUUGUGCUUGAUCCCAAUGAUGGGAAGCUCCUCCAGGUCAUCCUGGAUUCCUAUCAACACAAUGUCCAGAGAGUCAAGGUGAGAGAUACCAUCGAGUCUGCCACCCAACGCCUCGCAGAGGAAGAGUUUUGCCGCCCUUUCCAGCUUGGACGCCCCAUGAUUGACAUGGCCAUCCUCCAUCACGAGCAGAGCAGCAAGACACGCGUACUGUUCCGAAUGUCGCACGCCCUGUACGAUGGACCAUCCCUCCCGAUCAUAUGGGACACGCUUCAUGCGUUGUACGAUAGGCAGGGCGCCUUUGAGACACAGCUGACCCCAUUCUCCGCCUAUCUUCACGAUCUGCUACCGCACACGACCGACAAGAGCUACACCUACUGGCGAGGCUUGCUCAAGGGAGCCGAAAUGCCCGCGCUCAGCACAGUCACCAAGUCCAACACCCAAGGACCCGUGCCGAUGGCCUUUACAGGGAACAAAACCGUCGCAGUGUCGAGAUUGAAGGAUACGGGCAUUACCAUCUCGGCCGUCAUCAACUGCGCCUGGGCGCAUGUGCUGGCCCAGUACACGGGGAGUGACGACGCGGUGUUUGGUGACACGAUUUCCGGCCGAAACCUGGUGGACCCUGUGAUAUCGAGUACCCUCGUCGGCUGCUGUGCCACCCACGUCCCAGUGCGGGUCAGAUUCGACAGGUCCGGCAAGCAGACCCUUCUCGAGCUGUUGCACCAGGUGAGAGAUCAGCAGCGAUCUCGAAUCGCGCACGAAGGGCUCGGCUUUCGUGCAAUCAUUCGCGAGGCUAUGCCCAAGCCCAUGCUAGCUCUCGACAACUGGCAACCGGCCGACAAACAUGGGAAGCAUAGUCCGCAGGAAGAGGUUGUAAAGAAGGGCAAAUUCUUGGAACAGACAGUCGAUACCGGUCUUACUACGCUCGAAGAGAUCUGGUUCUCCGUUUUUACUCCCAAGGGCGGAAAGGCAGAGUCGGCGCUGGCCGAAAGUGGUCCAACACGGGAGAUGCGGCAGAUGCCGUUCUACGACCUGGGGGGAGACUUGCUCGACGCUGCGUAUUUCGUUGCACUGAUUGGAUGCCGCAGAAAGACCUCGAAGCGGUCUUUGAAUGGGCAACACGCGACAGAUUCGGACGCAGAGGUGACGAUCGAUCAUGUGAUUAUUUAUCCCAGUCUGGGAGAGUUUGUUGGCUUCUUGCACACAAGGCAGAUCUCGCUGGGCUGAAGCGGAGUCACACAAUAGGCCUCUGGACAUCAAUCAAUAAACGCAAUGGCUAAAGGGACAAGGUACAGCUUUGCGGUGGGUGAUAAUCGAAUAGUUACAAGGCAGCCACGU